AUGACCAGCGAAAGAAAAGGAGGCACAAAAAUAUCAUGGCCAGCAUCGAGUGAAAGCAAGACGAGAGCCGCCUCUUGCGGUAAUAGUGCGGGGGCCCGGGGGCGCCUGGCCAGCCGGGGCGUGGUGACUCAGCAAGGACAAAUGGCGUGGGUCGAUACAGGAACAGGAACUGGUGAUGACGGUGGUAAUGAUGAUGAUGGGGAUGGUGGGGAUGAUGAGGAUGAUGGGGAUGAUAAGUGGGAUGGUGGGGACGGGGAUGACGACCUCAGGAAGAGAGAGGUCUGGUGGAAGGGAAUGAGUGUCGAUAGUUAUGAUAAUUAUUAUGAUUGCUAUGAUUGCUCUUCAUCUUCAUCUCCAUCUCCCAUCUCCAUCUCCAUCUUCGCUCUGCUUGGGCCGACAAGCCAGACGGUGCCAUUGUCGUGGCUCGGGCUGGGGUGUUUGUUCCUGACUCGCCCCUGUCUUGAUUAUCUCCCUCCAGGAUUCCAGGGCUCCCUGGGCAGCAUCCAUGGACUUACGGUAUUUUUUUGGGCCUGGGUUGAAGGGUUAUUCUUUAGCCUUGGAAUCAUGGUGCUGUCUGGAGCCUUUUGGAUACGCCGUCGACAGCGUGCAGAACUGGUAGUGCCAUUACCUCUGGCGUUGUGCAUCCGGGAGAUAUUGUUUCCUGGAAACUACAUGAGUGGAUCAAAUGAUGAACAAACAAACAUUCACAUAACUAGUGGGCAUAUCAGCAUGACUAUCAAAACAACCACCUUUUUUACUGGUUACUGGUUACGGGUUACGGGUCCUCGCCUGGCGACAGGCGGCGACUCUCCCUGGAGGGCCCUGAGCAUAUCCUCGCUCCCAUUUGCUGCCCCUCCGCCCUCCGCAGCCCCAGGCCCAGCGUCAGGCGAUCUCGGCACGGGCUGA